AUGAGCAGCUCGAGUACCUCAAGGGGCUGCAAUAUCUAUCUGGUCACAUUCAACCUAGUGUGCCAGAUAGAGAUCGUCGCCACGAUCAGCCUCGGGACAAACUUGAUUCAUACAUCCAUCGCUACCCUGCCAGCUCCCCUGAAGAAGACCGACCUGGUGAACGGACUGGGGCAGCACAUCUCAACCACUGCUGGCAUAUGCAGGGUCAUCCUCGAGGGCUCAGACCUGUGCAUCGAGCGGGACCUCAAGACACCCAAGAAACAGCCCUCUGAUGCCCAUGAACGAGUUGAGCAUAUGAUGCAGUUCUACACUCUCACCGCUCGUGUGGCUGCCAUUUUUGCUGGUCUGUUCAAGGCUCUCUUUCCCGAAGAGUACGUCAAGUACAAGGCUGCCUUUGACGCUGGGAGCUGGAUUCCACACGACCCAGGGCCCUGGCUAGGGCGGGUCAUCGUGUGGAAGCUACAAGUUCAGCUACACUGGGACGGUGGUGAUGGAGGUCCUACUCUCACCUGCCCUAUGGGUUACUUCAACGGGGGUGAGAUGGAGUUUCCUGACCUAAACACCAUUUUGCAGUAA